UGCUGCCGGCGCGGGGGCGGCGGCGCUGGCGCGGCGGGGCCGGGGCAUCGAGGGCCCGGGCGCCUCCUCCCGCUCCUCAGCUCCGCUCCCCAUGGCCGGGAACUUCUGGCAGAGCUCGCACUAUUUACAAUGGAUUUUGGAUAAACAAGAUCUAUUGAAGGAACGCCAGAAAGACUUGAAAUUUCUGACUGAAGAAGAAUAUUGGAAGCUGCAGAUAUUUUUUACUAAUGGUGCAGCGUGCGACCUGUGGCAGCUGGAGAACAGCUCUGCCAGCAUCUCCUGUGUGCAUGUGUGAACACAGCCUACCACGGAGGAGAGUGGUGCUGGGCUUUCAACCCUUCGGUAGCAAAGUGAGCCACUGUCACAGGGAGGAUGGACAGGGGCUGCUGUGUACUCGGGCAGAGCUUGCCAUCUUCAUGCCCUUGGUAUGUGUUGUAUUAUCAACACCUGCCUCUGAAUAGGACCCUGCUUUGGGUUCAUAGAGCCUCCCCCUCUUCUCUCCCACCUCUUGCGUUAACCUGAGUAGGGAUAUGAGUCUUGGGCAUGGCUUGUCACAUUCAUUGUGUGUCUGCCCAAGACAUGGUUGUUCCCUAAAGCAACCAAAAAAUUUCCUGGAGAGAGGCAGUUUCCUGCUGCCUUCUCUUUGGAAAACAAGUGCAAUAGAUCACCAACUGAUUGUGUGGCCAUGCACGACUAUUCAGAAUGUUAAUACUCUAAAGAAGGAAAACUGUCAUCUUCUAAAAUAGUUCAAAAAGGGAAACUGACGUUGAUUUCUCUCUUUGGACCACCAAGUCUUAAUAGAGUUUUUGGUUGAAAAGCACAUUAAUUGAUUCCCUGUUCUGGUUUAGGGCAGAAACUGUAAUGUUUGUGUUACAGGCUACUCAAGAUAUUCAGAUUUUAAAUAAUUUUUAUUAACACCCCCCCCAAACCACUUAUAUUGUAAACAGAAGGGAAUAAAUAAUCCAGUAGUUUCAUUUAAAAUAAUUUAAAAAUUAACUACAAGUACUGGACCUUUUCUCAGCAUAUACAAGCUUCCAUUUCAUUAAGUCUCUCUAGGCUCUUGUCCAUUUUUUUUCCCUAAACCACACUUGAUUUUUCUCUGACAGCAGAUGGCCUAACCGUUCCUGAAAAUCCCAUGGGAGUAAGAAACAUAUUUGGAGAAUUCUGUUUAGCUGAAUAUUUGAUUUUUUCCUGAUGCCCUAGUAGCAGGACAGCUUUGUAGCCCCAUGGUCAAAUGAAAGAGAAAAAUCCUUUCAAACCUCCCAAGGUAUGCAGAUAAAUAUUUUAAUAUUUGUAGAGACACUGCAUACUACGCUUAGCCUCCGUUCUGGCAGUAUUGCUUGUCUUACUGUCACUGGCAAGCUAGUCUCAAUUUGGUGGUGUUCUAUUUAGGAAAGGAAUGAUCUGACGUGGACAAGGACUUAAUGUUGCUUCGGGUAAUCGUAGUGGGUGUCAAAUUAGUUACCUUUUCCUGUAGGGGGAAAAAAAAGUUGCCAAUCAUCCGUGCUGUUCAGGGUGGUUUUCUGCUUUAUUUCCUACUUCCGCCCUUCUCUAGCCAACAACGCCCUUGAUAUUUGCAUGUUUUAAAAUGCUGUGAUGCUCAUUAGAAGUGAGAGUAGGGUGCACCCUGACUGUUCCCAAGGGGUAUGGGAUAAGAGCAUAGGGAAAAAAAAUCUAGACUGGGGUGCUUAAGUAGUGACUGAGAAUUCAGUGAUGACUGAUAACAGAAUUGUUUGCUUUUCCUGUUAGUGGUCACUAUCUUGAUAUUGUGGUAUAUAUUCUAAAUGUAUGCUUCAGUGUAUUUUAAAUUGUUGGUUUGGACAUUUCUGGUGAGGGAGGGAAAAAGAAGAGGGAGUCUUAACAUAGCCAAGCCUUGCUCAGAAUAAUGGCUGCAAAGAAGUAUGGGAAAAAUAACAAGUAAUAACCUUAUGUUUCACUGUGCCAUUCUCUAUAUCCAACCACUGCUCUUAAUCCCAGCUUGAUGCAUCUAAUUUGAUUGGCACCUUUACUUUGCCUGGGAGGCCAAACAAGAGCUACCUGCACAGAUGACACCAGGGUUGUUUCUCGGCCAACUGGCAGAGGACCACCGUGAUGGAGCAGCUGACUGCAUCCUCUGGUCUCCCACCCCCUCUCCUUGGACUAAAUAUGUCAUUUUUUUAACACCUGCUGCCUCUGCCAAAUUUAAUGACCAUGUUUGUGUUGGCAGCUUUAGUUGUUUGAAAAAAAAAAAAAAAACCCGGAACCCAAAACAUCAUUUUGCAUGGCACUGAAAAGCCGUAGACUUAUAUUUUAAGUGUUUGAUUUUGUUUUGCUCUAAAAUGGAAUACUCAAGCUUUACCCCUCUGAGAUUUGCGUUGUCAUCUUCUUAAAGAUUGUACUCACUUUGUACACAAUGAAGUUACUUUUCCCUUUUCAAAGGUGUCCACAAGCUUCAGGAUGCAGUGCUGCUGCUUCUCCUGCAGGUCUGUAGGUUUACAGGAACGCAUUAUCUCACCAGAACUACGUAUCUGAACUGAGGGAGAAGACUGCUGCUGCUCCUUAGAAUCCCCAGCACUAGUCGUGUUUUGAGAUCCUGUGCUAUUUGGUGUCAAAUUAUUGUGAAAACUCAACUCAAGCUUCUGUUCAUUUUUUUUUUUUUUAAGUUAUCCAGGCUUUAGGUGAACAUCUUAAAUUAAGACAACAAGUUAUUGCCACUGCUACAGUCUACUUCAAGAGAUUCUAUGCCAGAUAUUCCCUAAAAAGUAUAGAUCCAGUAUUAAUGGCUCCUACGUGUGUGUUUUUGGCAUCCAAAGUAGAGGAAUUUGGUGUUGUUUCAAAUACAAGGUUGAUUUCUGCUGCUACUUCUGUAUUGAAAACUAGGUUUUCGUAUGCCUUUCCGAAGGAGUUUCCUUAUAGGAUGAACCAUAUACUAGAAUGUGAAUUCUAUCUCUUAGAAUUAAUGGACUGCUGUUUGAUAGUAUAUCAUCCUUAUAGACCUUUGCUCCAAUAUGUGCAAGAUAUGGGCCAAGAAGACAUGCUGCUACCUCUCGCAUGGAGGAUAGUGAAUGACACAUAUAGAACUGAUCUUUGUCUGCUGUACCCUCCUUUCAUGAUAGCUCUAGCUUGCCUACACGUGGCCUGUGUUGUCCAGCAGAAGGAUGCAAGGCAAUGGUUUGCUGAGCUGUCUGUUGAUAUGGAAAAGAUUUUAGAAAUAAUCAGGGUUAUUCUGAAGCUGUAUGAGCAGUGGAAGAACUUUGAUGAGAGGAAAGAGAUGGCUACUAUUCUUAGUAAAAUGCCUAAACCAAAACCACCUCCAAACAGUGAAGGAGAACAGGGUCCAAAUGGUAGCCAGAACUCUAGUUAUAGCCAAUCUUAAGACAUUCCAAAGAAUUUCUUUAUGGACCACUUUGACUCAAGACACCCUGGGAUCUUUCCUGUGUUCAUGAAAUGGACAGAAGGUUUUAUUAACAUCUUUGACAAAGAACUUGAAGAAUAAAUAGCUUGUUUGUGUCAAGCGUUUGGAAAGCUUUUUCUCUAAAACUGCAUCAUUUUCUCUGACGCUGGAGCAGAUGUACUAAGAUUUUUCAGUGUAAGGAAUCAAACAUUAAACCAAGCUGCAAAAGAUUAACACCAUCCACUCAAAACAAGUAGUUUGUUAUUGGGUUGGUUUGUUUUGAGGAAAUUGUAACUUGCCAUUGAACUAUUUUUAAAGCGACAGUAACCUGAAGCCUAAGUGUAACUGUAUUAAUGACUUGUGUUGUCUUCAUUUUGUUUGUGACUGAAGGAAGAUAGUGCACUGUAUGUUAAAUUUAUUCAUUACCUUGAGUUCUGUUGAUUUUUUAAAAGAUAAAUAUGGAUUCUGUAACAAGUAACACAGCAAUUCUUCAGAAACAAAGACUGCACAGAAUAUUGUUACAGUUUUAAUCAAAGCUGCAGGAAAGAAAUUCAGUUCCUUUUUUUUUUGGAUUAGAAAAAAGCUGUUUACUCAGUAGAUGUACUUGGAGGAUGUUUUUGCCAUGAAGCAUAGUAGCCCAGCUGACCAGAGAAGUGCAAUAUGUAUAGCAAUUCUGCAGUUUUCUUAAACAUGUCAAGUGUUACAAAUUAAAAACCCCAACAUACUAUGAUUUCUUUUCUUUGCAAGUAAGUGUUCUGUAUAGUACAAUUGGAAUAGUUCAUAAUCAAGUACCAAUCUGGAUAUGAUUACCAUUUUUUAUGGUGGAUUUUGUUUUUGUACAAGAGAUACACAGUGUUAGUCUGCCUUCACUGUUAGUGUGAAUUUGUGUGGUUCAUUAGAGUUUAUUUAAGAGGUUCAAGCUUUCAGUGAGCUUCAUACUGGCUAAUUUUAAUUGUGAUGUUAGGAGCAACUUUUUAGAAUAACUGAAAUGGGAUUCCUUGGUUAACUAUGUGCUGGAGAAAAUGAGAUUCCUUCAAACAGAAGUCUGUAUCCUGUGUUCCUUACUCAGGCAGAUAUCCCACUGAAGUCAGGAAUUGGCCUUAAUCAGAUUUCUUGAUUUUUUUUUAAGAUAACUUUGUUUCUAAUUAAGUUCUGUACAACUUAAUUUUGAGUGAUAAUACCAAAAGUAUCAAAACUGAAUGAUAAAGUGCAGUCACAUUGUUCUCCUUUUUAAUUUUUUUUUUUUUUCCCUGAAACAACACAUGUCACUGGUCUGAAAUACUGGAGGGAAAUUCUUGAAAGCCCUUGCUCUGUGAUGCAUCUUAGUUCCAAAAACUGUCCCCUUAAAAAAAAGCUUAACAGUUUUUGUGAGUAACUGUCUGUCUUUGUAAUUGGCUGGUCAUUCAGCCCAAUACAACUGAAGUGUGUUGUAUGUAGCCCCUUCGGCUACUAGCAUUUAUUUCUGUUCAGGUCAUUUUAAAAGGUAAAGCAUUAGGCAAACAAGCCCAAACAUCUUGGUCUUUGCUACUUUUGUUGUCAUUUGAUCCAUACCUUUUAUAGACACUUGAUUGAUGAAAUGGAAUUUGGCUAUUUGCCUCUGUUUCUUGAAGUCUAAAAUGUGCUAUUUGUAAUGUGGACUUGGGGAGUAGAAAUAAAUCAAUGCAACUUGA